GGAAGUUUCCUGUGCUGUGGCAGGUGUGGAAAUGAUAGAAGCACCCUGGAAGAGAGUUAGCAGUUUCCUAAUAGCACCCACUCAACAUAUCUUACCAUGCCAUCCAUCAGUCCCACCCCUGGGCACCCACCUAGAGGGAGUAGGAACAUACAACCAGUCUUUCUCUUUCUCUUUCUGGUCCAAGGUGCUUUGGGAGCCGCUGGCUUCGGUGUAGACAUGGGCAAGUCCAAGAACCACGCCACACACAACCAGUUGCGAAAACGGCACAGAAAUGGCACCAAGAAACCCCAGUCCCCAAAAUAUGAAUCUCUUAGGGGUAGAGAACUCAAGUUCCUGAAGAACAUGCGCUUUGCCGAGAAGCACAGAAAGAAGCACCCGAAGAAGACGCAGGCCAACAAUGCCAAGACCAUGAGUGCACGUGUGGAGGCCUUCAAGGCCCUCGUCAAGCCCAACAUCCCAAAGACUGGUAGCCACAAAUUCAAUCAACUUGCCUGCACGGCUCACCCCAAGCUCCGGAGACAUGCUCGCGCCCUCGUUGCCAAGGGUCUCAGGCUCUGCUGGCCAAAGUCCGAGGCUGAGACUCAAACCGAGGCCCAGGCUGCCAGCCGUGACCCCAGCUCCAGCUCCUGCUGUGGCUCGGGUUCCCAUAGGCGCCGCCUGCCACGAAGUCUCCAGUGUAGAGGCUUCUGUCUGCCAGAGUGA